AUUAAACCUCAGUCAACUACAGACAAUCUCUAGCUCAGGAAUUGAAGGAGAACUGUGCGCGGAUUGUGACAGACUACGGGUAGCUAUAUGAUUUCGAGCUGACCCGAUCUAUUAAAAGGAACUCUAGACUGACAUUGAUCUUGACUACGAAAUGAACGUAAGAUAAAGAUCAUCAGCACAAGCUUCAUCUUUUUUCCGAUGCCAUAUCACCUGGUGGAAAAGAUGUCGGCUGAAAAGAUCAACAACUAACCAGCACACUUCUUAAAACACUGAACUUUCAUAACAUACUGAAGAACUGUUUCUCUGUCGUAUCCUUCAACCUUCCAGUGCCUUAAAACAAUGGCUUCCUACAGUCCGGCUCCCACAGAGGAGCCGUCUCCUGAAGUCUCGAAUGGCAACCUCAAAACAAGUGGCUCUCAGGAGUCUAUGAAACUGAAAAAAGAAAUUUCUUUGCUCAAUGGCGUGUGUCUCAUCGUGGGAAACAUGAUUGGCUCUGGAAUCUUCGUCUCACCGAAAGGCGUGCUGAUGUAUAGCGCCUCCUAUGGGUUAUCUCUGGUAGUGUGGACAGUUGGUGGGGUCUUCUCCAUAUUCGGGGCCCUUUGCUACGCUGAGCUUGGGACCACCAUCACCAAGUCGGGUGCCAGUUACGCCUACAUCCUGGAAGCCUUUGGAGGAUUUCUGGCAUUCAUCCGUCUAUGGACAUCCCUCCUUAUCAUCGAGCCCACCAGUCAGGCUGUGAUAGCCAUCACCUUCUCCAACUACAUGGUGCAGCCCAUUUUCCCAACGUGUAUAGCACCGUAUGUGGCCAAUCGUCUGCUAGCUGCAGCAUGCAUCUGUCUGCUGACCUUUGUGAACUGCGCCUAUGUUAAGUGGGGAACACGGGUUCAGGACUUCUUCACGUACGCAAAGGUCAUCGCCCUCAUCGCUGUCAUCAUCACUGGCCUGGUCAAGAUAUGCCAGGGUCACACACAGAAUUUUGAGGGUAUGUUCUCAGGUUCAUCUCAGGAUCCUGGUGAUGUGGCCUUGGCAUUGUAUUCUGCUCUUUUCUCCUAUUCUGGAUGGGACACUCUUAAUUUUGUCACUGAGGAGAUCAAGAACCCAGAGAGAAAUCUACCAUUGGCAAUUGCCAUUUCAAUGCCUAUUGUCACAGUGAUCUACAUUCUAACCAACGUGGCGUAUUAUACAGUGUUGCCCAUUCCUGCCAUUCUGGACAGUGAUGCUGUGGCUGUGACAUUUGCAGACCAGGUAUUUGGUUUUUUUAACUGGACAAUACCGCUUGCCGUCGCUCUCUCCUGCUUUGGCGGUCUUAAUGCAUCUAUAUUGGCUGCUUCACGGCUGUUCUUUGUGGGCUCCAGAGAAGGCCAUCUGCCAGACUACCUGUGCAUGAUUCAUGUUAGCCGCUUCACCCCCAUCCCUGCCCUGCUCUUCAAUGGUGCAAUGGCUCUUGUUUAUCUGUGUGUAGAGGAUAUCUUUAAACUGAUCAACUACUACAGCUUCAGCUACUGGUUCUUUGUGGGUCUGUCUAUUUUGGGACAGCUGUACCUGCGAUGGAAACAACCGGACAGAACACGACCACUAAAGCUCAGUCUAUUCUUCCCAAUUAUGUUCUGCAUCUGCACAGUGUUUCUUGUGGUGGUGCCCUUAUACAGUGACACCAUCAACUCAUUAAUUGGCAUUGGCAUUGCCUUAUCUGGAGUGCCAGUCUACUUCCUGUGUUGCCAUCUACCUGCCUCCCGUAGGCCUAUGUGGCUCCGCAGGUUUAUUGCAUCUUCAGGUGUGCUCAUUCAGAAGGUGUGCUACUGUGUUCUUACCGAGAUGGACACAGAUGAUGAAAAACAGUAAGAGGACAGUACACUGACCAACUAUAUCUGGAAAACAC